CUCUAGUAUACAAAUUGGCGAAUUGUUGUGUGGUGUGAAAAUUCAUACUUAAGCAAAUAAAUUAUUAAAACUUGUGAAUAAGUUCCUACGUAUAGAGCACAAACGAGCUUAGCCCCGCCCCAAUAACAUAUCCACCGAAGUCACACACCGAACCAGCACAAAGGGUAGUUUUUCAUCUCGCGAGUGUGAGUCACUGGCCAGAUUUCCCCACCCAAAAACAACAAGACAGUCUUCUUGCCUCGCAACCACUUGCUAAGUGUUCAAGUGAUCUCACCAAAUUUCUUCAGCACCCAACCUCCAGCUAUAUAGUUUCGAAAUGGCCGCCGUAGAGAAUGCCGAGCCCCGCACGGAGCUCCAGGAGCUGCAAUUCAAGUCCGGCCAGGUGGCCGAUGAAUCCCUGGAGAGCACGCGUCGUAUGCUAGCGCUCAUGGACGAGAGCAAGGAGGCUGGAAUCCGCACGCUAGUGGCCUUGGAUGACCAGGGCGAGCAGCUGGACCGAAUUGAGGAGGGCAUGGACCGGAUCAACGCGGACAUGAGGGAGGCGGAGAAGAACUUGAGUGGCAUGGAGAAGUGCUGCGGUAUCUGUGUGCUGCCCUGGAAGAAGGUGAACAUCAAGGACGACGGCGAGAGCGCUUGGAAGGCCAAUGACGAUGGCAAAAUCGUGGCCAGCCAGCCGCAAAGGGUCAUCGAUGAGCGGGAACGCGGCGGAAUGGGUGCUCCGCCGCAGUCCGGCUAUGUGGCCAGGAUCACAAACGAUGCACGCGAGGACGAGAUGGACGAGAAUCUGGGACAGGUGAACUCCAUGCUGGGCAACCUGCGCAACAUGGCCCUGGACAUGGGCUCCGAGCUGGAGAACCAAAACAAGCAGGUGGACCGCAUCAAUGCCAAGGGCGAUGCCAACAACAUUCGCAUGGAUGGCGUUAACAAGCGCGCCAACAAUCUGCUCAAGAGUUAAAUAUGCACAACGGUCACGUCCCGAAUCAAUAGCGAAACACGAUAGUCAGACACCUCCAUUUCAAUAUUGUUACGGAAAGGAACCAAUGUUGUGGGCACAAACCGUAGCUGGUGUUAUUGCGUUAUUUAUACCAUAUAUUAUACACAUAUACAAGUAGUGGCAACUACUCCUGGCAAACGCGAGCGUAACAGACCCAUCUACUUAAAAGAACUUCGAGCCGUCGAGCCGAUGAACUAACUACUACUUUCUACAACUAUAUAUAUGCGAACCAACAUACUAACUACUUACUAUUACUACACUCGUGUACAAAUGGCAACCGAAAGGCGCCGGAAACAAUUUUAUUAUGAGAUUUACCGUAUGAUGUACUCUGUUUUUGGUACAAACUUUUUGAGCAUUUUACCAAACUUUGUGAAAUCAAAUCAAGCAACUGCUGCUGAGAUGGAUAAAUGUGAAUUGAUGUAUUUACAAUUCGUAGAACCACCGCAUCCCGCACGGGCACCAACAACCAAACAAAGACGGGUAGCCGGUAUAUGGUAGCCAAUUUUAUGUUCUCCAUUGUUAACCCUUUUUAAGUAGGCCAUAUAUCUGGGUAUUUUCGUAGGCCCAGUAGUCCAAGCACAGAUUCUAUUGAAUUAUUCUAGAUUUGCACUCGAACCUCUUGCUUCGUACGUAUGAAUACUUUAUCCCCAGUGAAUGUAACCGAUCGAGUUUCGUAGCUCUAGCUUAAGUACAUGAAAUUGUUGGUUGCAAUAUUCGCAAAUAAUUAAGAAACUACCUGUUUGUGCGCAAGAUAUUUCUCGUUAAUUAUUAAAUGUACCAUGGAACGAGUAUAGCCAAUUGAUUAGAUAACUUAUUUAUCGCUACUAUUGCCACUUUAGCUUACAUUCUUAGCUCUUAAUUGCAAGUAAUUAUAAAUAAAUUAAUUCACCACCAAAA